AUUUACUCGGCCUUCGAAACAUUUUGAGGUUGGUGAAAUAAAUUGAUGGGUGUUACUUAAAGCUAUCUCCUGAUUUGUAUGAUGUUCUUCGCAGUAGACUUAGUGGCAUUGUGUCUUCUCAGACUAGUCGAUACUCUCUCAUGUCUGGAUGAUGAUGGUCAAGCAACUGAUUGGUUUGCAGGAUAUAAGUUACCUAAGAGUUUUGAUAUUGUAUUUAUGAACCCAAAACAACCGCAGUGGAAACUAUCUAUUUCGCCUAUAAAUGGUGAAGGGAUGAUGAAGAAAACAUAUAAUGCUAUGUUCAGUCUAAUUAAUCAGCCUGAUGCUGUGAUUGGAAUGUAUAAUGACGAGAUACCUAAACGAAAUAACUUAUCUAUCAGUGACGGCGAUAAUUUUUGGUGGGGUCAUAUGAAAGGUGCGUUUGCAUUCGAUGAGUCUGAUACAGGGUUUUGGGUCAUACACAGUAUACCCAAGUUAUCUUAUUCAAACACAUCGUAUGUGUACCCGGAAAAUGGAAAAACAUAUGGCCAACAUCUUCUCUGUAUUACACUCAACAAAGAGAACCUUGCACCACUAGUGAAACAGUUUGCUGUAUCCCGGCCACUAUUUCAAAGCGCGUAUAUUUCACCCAGUAUAAAGACGCAAUUUCCGGAUUUAGCUGAAUUACUCCAAAAUAGAAAAGUAACAACUGAAACGGAAACUGAAGUCAUUGAAUUACAUACAGCUGGCAGCACUUUUCAGCUGAAACAUUUCGCAAAGUCUAUAGAUUUUGGUAAAGAUCUAUAUUCAGAUUUUGUUGCACUAACAUUGAAAAAGUCUUUGGCAACAGAAACUUGGCAACAUGAUGGAGGUAUGCCAUCAGAUUGUAGUCAUCAAUAUUCGGUCACAAAUAUUAAAUCAAUUUAUAUUGAUGUUUCUCAAACAACAAUAACUAAUUCACAUGAUCACUCAAAAUGGGCUGUUACUAUGCCACCAAAGAAGACAAGUGAAGACGGUGAUAAUUGGAUUUGUUUAGGUGACAUUAAUCGUCAGCCUCAUCAAUUAGAACGUGGUGGUGGUACAAUGUGUAUACAAGAUAAACAUUUAUGGGAAUCAUUCUAUAAUCUUAUUCAAAGUGUAGAACAAUGUCCUAGACAAUUUUUACACCAUAAACUCAUUCAAUUUUGGUCAAUUAUAGAAAUUGUUCACUUCUAUGUAUAAACUGUCUUAUGAAAUUUUUAUUACUGUUUAUUCUUUUGAAAUUUUCCACAAAAAAACAAUAAUUAUUACUGAUUUGUCUACAACAAUCUGUUACUAUUGUUACCAAAUUGUUGUUAUAUAUCCAUGAUGCUAAACAGUCAGUCAUUUUUUUAUUCCAUACUCAUAAGAUUCUAUGGUCAGUAACGU